AUUUCGAUUUCAAACAAGUUUGGUGGCAAAUCAAAAACUAGGAAUUCUCAAAUUCUGAAAACAAUGGCUGAUCCAUUCUUUGAUCCAACUGUCCCAGUCAAAAAUGAUCCGCUGAAAUCCGGUGGCGAUGAGUAUCACAAUCUCGGUGCAUUUGACUACGCGAAUCUGGAUCCAAAUGCGCCGCCAGUCGGAGGAAAUGAAGUGCCACCACCACCGCCGCCGGAGACAGUUGCUCACGAUGCACUUAUUUCGGAUGAUGGAGCAGCAAAAGUGGCAACUGGUGAUGGAGUUCAGGAGUUGCCCGAGUCGGAUCCAUCGCCAUCCAAGAAGCCAAGAGUCAAUAAGGCGAAAGUCAAGAAGUUGAAGAACAAGAUCAUAAACUUGAAAGUCUUCUUCUGGACAAUGAUCGGAAUUUGGGUUAUUUGCAUGUGUCUCUUCGUCCUUAUUCAUCUCAACACGUUCGGAAUUCGCAUUUUCCCGCUUUAAAUUGAACUCAAUUGAUGGUAAAAACGAAUAAAAUUAUUGAGUUU